UUAACUUACUAUCUCAUGGGAAUCGGUGGAAGCAUUGUUUGCUGCUUGGGAACCAUUGCCAACGCCUUGUCGGUAGCGGUUCUCACUCGAAGAGCUAUGAGGUCAAGCACUUACAUGUACCUUGCUGCUCUUGCCGUGUGCGACUCAUUGGUUCUGUUUUUCACUCUGCUGCUAAUACUCAAAGACACGAAACCCCCUGAGCACCCGCAACAGUUGGAUCAGUUCCACGCUGUUUUAUUCCCCUACGUUCAUCCUACGGCCAUCGUGUUUCAGGUGACUUCCAUCUGGCUGACCCUGGCCUUCACGGUUGACCGCUACAUCAUGAUCUGUCAUCCGUUCAAGGCGGAGCACAUGUGUAGGAGAAGCCGCGCACGGAAGGUUGUGAUCGCUCUGUACGUGGCUGGACUAGUGUUCAACAUUCCCAAGUACCUGGAGUACUACACCAAGACGGACAGUUUCAAGGUGGCCAAUUCGAGCCAGGUCAUCAUGAUCUACGGGAUAGCCCAGACUGAGCUCAGCAACAGCGUUCUGUUCAGGGAACUGGUCCACUCGUGGCUGUAUCUCAUCUGCGUGUGCGGGAUCCCGUUUCUGACCUUGGUCAUUCUCAACGCAUUUCUCAUUCGGGCCGUCCACCUGUCGAGGUUAAAAGGUAAGGAGAUCAACGCUCGAGAGAAACACCGCAACGACACCACUAUCAUGUUGAUCGGUGUGAUUAUCAUAUUUCUCAUCUGUCAGGGGCCGGCGCUUGUGUCAAGACUAAUCUACGCCUUCAGGCCUGGGACCGUUAAUUUGAGACCCAUCUUUACUUUGAAUGAAGUAAGCAGUUUUUUGGUGAUUCUCAAUUCGGCUAUCAACAUUGUGCCAUAUUAUCUGUUUGGGAGGAAAUUUCGAAGUGAGUUUUGGAGACUUUUCUGCACCUGUUUCUUCGAUAAGGACGAACUUCGGCGGAUAGUGCGUAGCUACAGUGUUUCUAUGGACCACCGGCGCAUGAGUCAAUACAACGUCAUGGAGAUGAACGGGGUG